AUGGAGAACCACGACAAGAGCCACGUCGACCCCGAGCAUAGCCAUCAUGCCGAGCACCAUGAGGACCAGACGCCAUGGCACGGCAUGUCUGUCGGUCGCUACCUCGGUACCCGCUUCAGCACCUUGAAGCCGCCGAUGCUCAGCGCGCCGAACCCGUUGAAGCUGGUUGUGAUGAUCAACCGCCGCCAGUGGGCGUUCUUCGCCGUCGCGUUUGCGGCCUGGACAUGGGACGCUUUCGACUUCUUCACCGUAUCUCUCACCGUCACCGAGCUUUCAGAAACCUUCGACAAGUCCAAGACCGACAUCACCUGGGGGAUCACCCUGGUUCUCAUGUUCCGAUCCGUCGGGUCUAUCCUCUUUGGCAUCGCGGCAGACAGAUACGGCCGCAAAUGGCCCUUCAUCGUGAACAACAUCCUGUUCAUCAUCCUCGAACUGGGAACGGGCUUCUGCCAAACGUAUGAACAGUUCCUAGCAUGUCGCGCUCUCUUUGGCGUCGCAAUGGGCGGUCUGUACGGCAACGCCGCCGCGACGGCGCUGGAAGACCUCCCCUCAGAGACGCGCGGAAUGAUGUCCGGCGUCUUACAACAAGGUUACGCCUUCGGAUACCUUUUGGCUGCGGCCUUUGCCCGAGGGCUGGUCAACACCACCCCACACGGCUGGCGGCCCCUCUUCUGGUUCGGCGCCUGCCCGCCGGUCCUUUUCAUCAUUUUCCGUCUCAUGCUGCCCGAGACGGACACAUUCCUCGAGCACAAGCGUCUGCGCGAGGCGGCUGGCAGGCACGCCGCGGAGUCUGAGACAGAAAAGUCUAAUGUCACCUCGACGUUCAUCAAGGAAGGAAAGGUCGCGCUGAAGCGGCACUGGCUGCUGCUGACCUACCUUGUCCUCCUCAUGGCCGGGUUCAACUUCAUGUCUCACGGAAGCCAGGACUUGUACCCCACCAUGCUUACGAACCAGUUCAACUUUAACGCCGACCAGGUCACUGUCACUCAGGUAGUCGCCAACCUUGGCGCGAUGCUGGGCGGCACGACCGUCGGGUACUGCAGUCAGAUCUUUGGCAGAAGGUUCAGCAUCGUCGUCUGCUGCAUUGUUGGUGGCGCGCUGCUGUACCCGUACACUUUUGUCACGACGGAGGCCGUUAUGGCGGCGGCGUUUUUCGAGCAAUUUUGCGUGCAGGGCGCGUGGGGUGUGAUUCCCAUCCACUUGAUGGAGCUCAGUCCCGGGGCUUUCCGCACCUUUGUGGUCGGCACAUCGUACCAGCUCGGUAACCUCGUGUCGUCGGCGAGUUCCACCAUCGAGGCGCGUCUAGGAGAGAAGUUCCCCCUCCCCAACAAGGGCACCACAAAGCGCUACAACUAUGGCAAGGUUAUCUGCAUCUUCAUGGGAUGCGUGUUCGUGUAUGUCAUUUUGUUGACGUUCAUUGGGCCCGAGCACCUGCGACGCAGUUUCGAUGUCGCUGAUGACUCGGAUAUGCGGGAGGUUGCUGGCGUUGAGACGAUGGAAGACGAGCUCCAUGACCGUGAAGUGAGAGCUGGACGGCCGGUGGGUAGCGACGAAGAGAUGGGGCACCAGGAGAAGUCGGCUACUCACCGCGAGUGA